AGACCGGAAGUUGGUUAUGACUGUUAUAUGAGAGCUAUCAGUCUGAAUAGUUGGGAUAUUUAUUUCGGUUCCGCAAACCUAAUUGGAGCAGAAAAUGUUUUGUUCGAAAUAUGAAAUUUUGAUUUUAAAAGCCGCUGUCAAUGGAUUAAAUUUCAGAUAUAAUAAAAAAAACCACAGUGAUGAUCCAGACAACAAGCGAAAUAGUGAAAUAUGCAUCCAGACAACAAACAAAAUUGUGAAAUAUACAUCCGGACAACGAACAAAAUAGUGAAAUAUACAUCCGGACAAGAAACAAAAUGAUGAAAUAUACAUCCGGAAAACAAACAAAAUGAUGAAAUAUACAUCCGGAAAACAAACAAAAUUGUGAAAUAUACAUCCGGACAACGAACGAAAUAGUGAAAUAUACAUCCGGAAAACAAACAAAAUGGUGAAAUAUACAUCCGGAAAACAAACAAAAUGAUGAAAUAUAAAUCCGGACAACGAACGAAAUGGUGUAAUAUACAUCCGAACAGCAACGAACAUGAUAAAGUAUAUUGUAUACAACUUCUUUUACCGGAAUCUUCAAGACGUAUUACAAAAUCUCCUGACGUUCGACAUUAAACCUUGGAUCUCACUUACCAGAACCUGAUUUGUGACGUAAUAUUAAGAUGGCAGAUCAGGGUGAGCUGUAUGCAAAUUCCUGGAUUCUUUAUCACGUCCUCGACAGGUUCAUAGGGAGCCGUGAGCUUGUGGACAUCAGGAGAAGGAUUGCAGUUUUAGAUGAGAAUUUUAGCAAUCAAAAUGAAUUCCAUGCUCAAAUUUUUCUUACUGGAAGUAAACCCGAAGGAAUGAAGAUGCAAGGCUCGGAUAACGACUUCAUGUUAACAGAUACAGAUGUGAUGGUUUUAUGUCAGGACACCGGUAUUCCGGAUACCAGUAAUCCGGACACUUGUAAUCCACUAAACUAUAUGCAUAAAACAGUUUUGAUAAUGAGGAACACUGACAGCAGACCUGGUUAUGUAGCCCUAGAAGUAGUUCAUGCCAGAGAAAUUUCUGAUCGGUGCUUGGACGAAUCUAUUGUCCCAGUUGGGGAAUUACAUUUGGUAUCAAGUGAAAUAUACACAAGGUUCCUUCAUGACCGUUUUACAUGUUUUCAGUUACACACGGAAAUGCAUGGUCCAGCAACUAAUAUCAAUACCGAAGGUAUACAUCUGAGUGCAGGUCAUGAUGUUUCGAAAACAUUCCGGUGUUAUAGCUGGCCUAAGGAUGCAGAUGAAUGGAAGACCAGACCCCGUCUAUAUAACUGGCCAGAUCAAUCUUUGAGAGAUGAGAUAGUACAAGGUGGUUGUUAUCUUGUCCCUGUAGGCGAUAAAACAUCUGAUGACACAUUUCUACAAUGGAGAAUUUCAUUCACAACUGCGGAGAGGAAACUUGUAUAUUCUCUCACUCAUGUACAAUUUUUAGUGUACGGACUUCUCAAAUAUUUCCUCAAACAGAUAUCUGACAAGUUGAAACAGUUAGUAGGAGAUACAGACAUCCUGUCGUCCUACAUCAUCAAAACGGCUGUAUUCUACGCAGUGGAAAGCACACCUGGUUCAUUUUGGCAAGAGAAACACACAUUUCUCUGUUUCAUGUUUUGUUUAAACAUUCUGAUAACCUGGGUGAAGACAGGAUAUUGUCCAAAUUACUUCAUUAAAAGAAACAAUAUGUUUCUUGGCAAAGUUCAUGGUGAAAAUCAGGACAAACUCCUUUGUUUUCUCGUUGAUCUGCAUGAUAAGAAAUGGGGAUGCCUUUCCGUUGGAACAUUCAUACAACCAUCCAUAGGAGAGCGUAUGAAUACAGCGAGGAAUGGACUGUUAGAAUAUGUUCUAAAGUCUUCAACACUAUUAGAAUUGGAAUGCAAUGCAACGAUAAUUACUAAAACAUUUACUUAUAGGUGGUCUCUCGAUGUACUUCCUGUGUCACUAGCAUUACUUUCUGAAUCGAAGUCAGACAUGGAUGAAUUCAUAGGUUACACUACUACUGCAGGGUCUCUGUCUCAAAUUGGAAUGGAAACUUUCGGGAAGCACAUUGCUGUCAGUGGAAAUAAAGAGAAGUACAAAUCGCUCAGGAGAUCCAAGAAACUUCUGACACCACUUGCCUCAAUAUGUACAAGUCCAGGAGAGUUAACAUUAGCAACAUAUUACUACCAGACUGGGAAUUACAGUAAAGCCCUGGACAUAUGUGAACACAUGAUAGUAUCAAAUAAAAUUUAUUUAAGUCCCUAUACAGGUAAGCAUAUUGAUGAAAAUAAUGCACCACGUCUUAGUGGACAUGGAAAAACUCUACUUCAGAAAUGCAAGGAGGGCUGUACAUCGGAUAUCAGGUUCGUAAAAAACACUUCACAGUUCUGCCCAACCUACUUACAUCAGGAAAUCAAAAACGUUCUCGAUGCACAUCUCCUGACUAUACCUCCAAUCCCCUACGCUGUGUUCCUGUCUUUCCUGUGUUACCACAAACUCGGCGAUACCAGUAGACGCGAUGAAGCAUUAAUGCACCUACGGGCUGUGAAGCAUGACGUGAUCAAGUGGGUUAGAAUUUAUUGGAUUGUACACAAUCUCCUGGGUAUAUGUUAUGAGAUUGUUGGGGAUACACAAAGGGCUAUCAGAGAGUACAGAGACUCCCUUAGUGUUAGAGGGUUCGGACAACAUAUGAACCCUGCCAAGGAGAGGAUAGAACGGUUACAACACUUCUAGAUAGAUUAAGCAUUGAUGCAACACCAGUACAAGGUAAAGUCAUAGGGGGACCAAAUAUCAUAAGGCAUCAAAGUUCUCUGUAUUAUAAAUUAUAAAAACAAAUCAGGUGAUGUUUAAUCCGGAAUUUGUGAUAUCUUAAUAAUGCUAUGUUAAUUACGACCUAGGAAUAAAUAGAAUAUUCAGAAACAACACUUAUGUCAGUAUAUUCCAUAACCUCACCCGUUGCACAACUGAUAUUGUAUCUAUGGUUUGAGUCAGUGGUUUUAAUUGUAUGAAUUAAAAUAUGGUGACCAUACGGAAGUGAGAUAUCCAAUUGAUCCUGAGACAUUAACCAAAACUUACAAACCUCUUAUUGAUUCUAGAUAUGAUAAAAAAUAAAUAAAUAAUAAUUCUAAAAAGUCUAAAAGUACGACCAAAUAUUUCAGUCUGUGUCCCUUAUCGUAGUCAUUUGGAUGAAACGGUCGCGACAUCUAUUGCAAGUCGAAGCCUCCAGCUUCCAUUUCCCUGGUGCAGUCAUUUAGAGGGUGUGAAAGUCAGUGAGAAAAGCAGUACUCUCUAAAGGGUAGGAAAGUCAUUGAGAUAACCAGCAAUCCCUAGAGAGUGUGUAAGUAAGGGAGAUCACCCGUAAUCCCUAGAGAGUGUGUAAGUAAGGGAGAUAACCCGUAAUCCCAAGAGAGUGUGUAAGUAAGGAAGAUAGCCAGUAAUCCCUAGAGAAUGUGUAAGUAAGGGAGAUAACCAGUAAUCCCUAGAGAGUGUGUAAGUAAGGGAGAUAACCAGUAUUCGCUAGACGGUAGAAAAGUUAGUGAGAUAACCAGUUUUCUCUAGAGGGUGGGAACGUCAGCGAGAUAACCAGCAUUCUCUAAGCGCGUCAUUAUAUACGGAAAGUAAAUAAUGUAACCACUAUUUCCUGGAUGGUGGGAAAGUAAAAGGGGUAACCAGUAUUUCCUAGAGUGGGUGUAAUAAGGGAGAUAACAAGGAUUAUGUAUCAGACAAGGCGAUGGUAUUCACGUCAACAACACAGGAGCUAUGCUCUGUAUCAGAUAAGGUGAUGAUAUUUACGUCAACAACACGGGAGUGAUGUUCUGUAUCAAAUAAGGUGAUGAUAUUCACGUCAACAAUACAGGAGUUAUGUUCUGUAUCAGAUAAGGUGAUGUUAUUCACGUCCACAAUACGGGAGCUAUGUUCUGGUGCUUCUCGAAGGGCAAAAUACUUUUUUAAAGCGUAUUCGAAAGCUAAGGGUCGUAGGUUCGAUCAACUGAGAAACACCGAUAUCACUUGACUUCCUGUAAAAUUUGGUGCCGUGACCAUUUAACGUCAGUGGAAUUGCCAACGUAACCGUUAGUACUCAUUCACUUUGUGGUAUUACAGCGGAGGGUGAUACCAUAUACUGAUUUUUAUUAUUAUGUUUUUUAGUUUUAAUUUAACAUUGAAUUUUUUGCAAAUAUUCAUCUUACACAAUAAUAAUACUAAAACUAUAUAUGAAUAAGUGUAUGUUUUAAUGUGAUAUAUACUAAUCAUCAUACUACUAUGAAAAUAAUGUAUGUGUGAAAGUAUGGGGUGCCAUUCUACUUUUCAUUCCCAAUUAGUAACAUCACUUAGUCGUUUUAGUGAUAACUUAUUCAAUAAGUGAUAACAUUUAAAUUAAUGUUGAUUAUAUAAGCUAUUCAAAUGUUGAAAAAGUGAUAUCACUUACACGUUUAAAUGAUACCAUUUAACUGUUUGAAUAAGUGAUAUCACCUGGACUUAAGUGAUACCACUUAAGCGUUUAACUGAUAUCAUAUAUGCAAUCUUCUGAGUGAAAUCAUUUAAGUUUUGUUAAUAAUCUUUCAGCUAAAUUCUAAAACUAGCU